CCAGAAGCUGUCAUGCAUUCGGCCGUUUUUUUUUUUUUGGUGUUCGGUUCGGCUUUUUCUCCGGUUUGUUAUCGUACCGUUCGGAUAGGAAAACAAACCCGAAACACUCCCGAACACACGCACCGGAGGAAAACCUCGCUCUGGUGCUGGGAAAAUCGCCGGAAAAUGCCUGCACGACACACGACGCGACAGGGUAUUUGCUCUCUUGCACUCUCACACUCUCCCGCUCUUGGGUGUUUUUCACCCUUAGCUCUCCGCACAGAAUGCAUCCGUCGGUGUGUGUUCUCACGCAACUUGGACGGGAAAUGUGUUCACUUUCUCUCAAUUUCCACUCCGCGCAGUAGGAAAUGGUUCGGGUAUUAUGCCUUGUUAUUUUGUGUGCUCGUGUUGCUGCUCUGCAAAUGAACGACAAAAUGCACGGCCCGCAGAUCCUGAUGGUGCUACCGAAACCGACAGCAUGAUGAAGGUUCAGUAUGUUCCUUGCUUACGGUACGCGAGCAUCCUCUUUGUAAGCGGCACGGUAACGCAUGUUCGCUUCAUCAUCCCAUCUACGGUGUGAAGGUUGGAAUUGGAAACAAGUGCAGAAGGGUUUUCGGUGAAAUGUUGAUUGGCAAUCAACGAUGUGCACGGUGUUGCAUGAACGGCUAACAUUUAUGCAAUCAAUAGCAAAGUGAUCGAUGCACGUGUGCCACCACUUGGCCUCCUGGUCGGUGGAAUGAAGCUGGAUGCUUCCGUGCACUGCGAAUGAGUGCAAAGAGUGAUAUAUAUAUGCUGAUUGGUGUAUAUGUGUAGUAGGUCCGUGUCUGCGUGAUAGUUUUUUGGGGGAUUUAAUCGAAAGACGAUUUGCUUACACUUUCCCGACAGUUCAGCAAGAAAUCAUCUAAAUAAACUGUUGAUUUUCCCUCGCGAAAGAACAAUUCUGUGUGCAUUGAUAAAAAAGAAAAACUAAAAUAAAACAAUCCUUCCCCCAAAAGUGUCGAUCGCCUAGUGUGGCCAUACACACAGAGAAAAGCGUUUAUGCAACCAAAGACCGACGUUCGUCACGUACCGUUCGUGUACUUUCGCGUUAUUCUUCCUCAACCUAGGCGCCAGUGAGAAAACAAAAAUUGGAAAAAGCUGUAGCUGAUAAUUGCAUUUUAAUUAUCCAGUUCUCGCUUCCCACGCCGGAUAAUCCGCCGGUCGGUUUAGCUUGACAGCGACAGUGUGCGUUACGUACUGAAAUAAUAAACGAUCACGGGUCGAUUGAAGAAGGCUUCUAAUUGAUACUGAGAGCCCGAGAGGGUGAGCUUGCGUGAACAGGUUGUGGUGAUGAUGAUGAUGAUGGUGGUAGUAGAUGGUAAUGGUGGCAGUGAUGGUGGCAGUGAUGAAGGUAAUCGUUGCGUGAAGAAGUCGUUUGGUCGUCCGAUUCAUUAGGCAAGUCACAGAAUGAAGCCGCUUUUGCAAGCUGACGAAAAUUGUUGCUAGUUGCUCAGUGUUCGACGCCCGGUUUAGUGUUUUGUGCGUGAGUGUUUUCUGCGUGUGUUGUUGGUGUUGGUUUAGGGUGCAAAACGAGUGAAAUCGAUAAUGCAAGGAGAAAAAGUGUUUUUGAUUCAUUUUUGCCAAAAAAAAGAGGUGAAAAGGUGGUAAACCGUUGGUGGUAACUAUCCCGAGGAAUAUCUUUAAAGUGACCAGCGUUGGGGCGAUGUGUUAAAUUCAGUGCCGUGAUAAUCGGUUAAAUUGUUUGUGGAAAAAAACACAAAUUCACCAAACUUUGUGCAAACUUUUCGCGUGCCGUACCGGUGGCCCAGGGCGAUAACUUUUACUCGAGCACACCGAACGACGGAUCAUCAACAUUCUCUUGACAGCAGGGUGUUGUAGGCUUGGGCAGUAACUUGUUAUUGAACGGGACGAAAAAGAAAAAAAGGAGGAAAUUCUUCUCCCCCCACUUUACGAAGCUUGGCAGUAUCCAUCCAGUACAGUCUUCGGUGUGGCCAUUUGUCGACGGACUCGAGUGAUCGCGAUGACUGCACUAAAUACCGUCCGGUGGUAUCAAGCACAUCCGGCUACAGCUAGUAGUAGAAUGGCCACACAUAGACGGCCCGGCAGUGGUAGUGCCGGUGGCAAAAACGGCAUCAACACCAACAGCGGCUACGACGCUAGCGUUGAGGCACCCACUGCUGCUGCUGCUAUGGCUGUCUGCGAUUCGGUGAAGCGCAAUGUCCGACCCAUCGUCACCGCAAACUGCGCCAGCAACAAUGCUAUCACGGCGGUGGCCAACAGCAACCAUCGAAGUCAACGAGGCGUAGUUAAUUGCUUUCUACGAUUUAUUUUCCUUCGCAACAUGUUCAUCCUCCUCAUCGUCGUCAGCAGCCUGCUAGUGUCAACGACAGAUGCGGUCAUCUCCAGUCGUGGGAGCAGCAGCAACAGUAAGGCCAGUUCUGCACCAAACAAUGGACUAGUGCCCCGAUUUAUCUCACGAGGCCAUACAUACCGGGCAGUUGUUGGUGAUACCUUGGUGCUACCAUGUGAAGUAGAAAAUUUGGGAACGCUCGUUCUGCUGUGGCGACGAGGCUCGAAUGUGCUUACCGCCUCGCAGCUGAUGGUAACCCGUGAUGAGCGGAUACGGCUUGUCAACGGGUAUAAUCUGGAGAUUUCCGAACUGGAACCACAGGAUGCCGGUGACUAUGUCUGUCAGAUCAGCGACAAGGUCAAUAAGGACCAGGUGCACACGGUGGAAAUUCUCGUUCCACCAAGCGUCCGAGCCAUUCCACCGACUGGUCAGGUGACGGCACGCAAAGGAGGUGCCGUAACGCUCGAAUGCAAAGCAUCCGGUAAUCCGGUACCAUCCAUCUACUGGACAAAACGCCAGAGUGGAACGGGAAAAUCGGCUGCCAAGAUUGGCGAAGGGCCGGUUCUUUCGCUGGAACGUGUCGAACGGCAGCAGGCCGGUGUGUAUCAGUGCACCGCGGACAACAGUGUCGGCGAUCCGGUCACCGUGGACAUGCGGCUCGAUGUGUUGUAUCCGCCCGAUAUCAGUGUGGAAAAGUCGUGGAUUCAUUCCGGUGAAGGAUUCGAGGCACAGCUCGAGUGUAUCGUACACGCUGAUCCACAACCUACGGUCUCGUGGAAUCAGAACUCAUUUCCGCUGCAGCCAACCGAUCGGCGUACGAUGUCGUCCAGAGGAAAUCGCCACACGCUCACCAUUCGCCAUGUGCAGCAGGAAGACUUUGGCAACUACAGCUGCGUUGCGGAUAACUCACUAGGACGGUCCAAGAAGUACAUGGAAGUCUCAGGACGGCCAGGACCAGCUGAUUUCCUGUCGCCACCUUGGAGCCGCUCGACCGACAGCUUUAACUUGACCUGGAAAGUAGAAAGCUAUCCACCGCUCCAGGAGGUUCGACUGCUCUACCGGAAGCUGAUGAUGAACGAAACUUUCCAACAGCCGGGCCGAUGGCAUGAUGUGAUACUAACGCCUGCACCACGACCCCCAUCAGAACCGUUGACACACGUCAUGGCGUUCACGUUGCGUGGCCUGCAGCACAGUUCCGUGUACGAAGCCAUCGUGCAGGCGAAAAAUCGUUACGGCUGGAACGAGGUAAGCGACAUCUUCCAGUUCUACACGCAACGAAUAACGUCCGACAUUCACUCGGAGGAAAUGCAGGUUGCCAGCUCGACAUCGCGUUCCGGCUCUACGUCCUUGCACCGAAACGCACCAAAAUCAACGGUUUGGAAAGUGAUGACAAUGACGCUAUUGCCCAUCCUUCCCUGGCUAAUGUCUCCGUUCGGUGCCCUGCUACAUGGCGGCACGCUAUUCGAUCGCUCGAAGCUCACCAUCUAAGGAUUGGCUCAACUCAAUCAUUCCGACGAUCAUCCGUUUGUGUGGUAUUCUUAGGUGAAACAUGUAAUGAUAGCAGCUCACAGCUUCCCGCCUCUGCUCCUUAUCCUAACCCUAAUGAAGGAAGAUGUAGGAACGUUUUAUUUUACUGAUAUCAAUCAGUAUCAGUACAACUUGUCUAGGCAAAAGGGUUCCUACCAUGAAACGUUAUGUUGAAGCAAAUCCCACCCCAAUUCUAUGAAGAACUACAAACACUAUCCGGGUUCCAAUAGAAAACCUUGAAAGUUGUUAUCCUUUCUCGAAUCUUCAAACUUCAAACCGUGCGGCGCUUCAGGCCAUUCUUCAAAGUGAGAACUCUAACUGGAUCAUUAUUUGAGGUGAGCAACAAACUCCGAACAACAACAUCAACCACAUAGAUAAGGGAUGACACAGCAAGCAGAGAUACAUUAGAUAUAAUUCAAUCGUAGAAGAAUCAGACCCAAGUGGUCGACAAACGACUGUACUUUGAUAAUUUAAACUAAAACCAAAAACACUAUUCGCUCUCAUAGACAGCGAAGUGUCAACUGUCUGAUGGGUAAGGGAAGAAUACUUCUUUAAAAAAAAGAAAAACCAUACAUAUGCCAAAGAGACGACUCGAUGCACACUUCCCCAUUAGCAAUAGAGCAAAGAAAAAACCUCGUUGUUUCAUGCGCUUUGCUAACUAGCGAUUCCUCCCACAGAGCCACCGAUUUACCUAUCCCAUUCCCCUUCGUCCCCACCCCCUCCACGGGUGGGGUAGAUCAUCCCUCUGUAUAGGUGUAUAUGUGUGACGCAAAAGUGUUUGCCGUGUUGUAUAAGCUCGCAAACUAGAUUCUAGCGCAAACUCAUCAUUAUUAACCUCGAACUAUCGCUUGCCACUUACCGUAGGCGCUUUAACCGUGUACAUAUACGCAUUUGUCCGCAGAAAAUCGUGCAUUGUCGCUAAUUUGCCGUCAAACACCUUGCAAAUCAUGGCGUGCCACACCGCAUCCGGUGGUACGCACACGUCAGCCCACGGGUCUGGGUGGGUGGGAAUUUGUCUGUGCCGAUGUCACUCUCGGUACGUCCCUGGCACGUGACAGGCAAAUCGGAAACUUUUCCCUACCCGUCUCCGUACUCGUACUUCAACGAAGGGGUCAGUAGUGCGCGGCAUUUGGGCCUGACAAGCAUACAAAGUUGUAUGGGAGAUGGGUUCCCUUCCCAGUGACACACCGUCCUCGGUUCGGCAUCAUUACUAAUUCAACAAGAAAGUCAACCAAAUCGCUCCGUCAGCUGGUGUGUGUGGGUGUGGGUCGGAUGGAUGGAUGGAUGAAUGAUGAUGCUUUAUGAUUGUGCAAGGAUCUGCGGUGGCCUAUUGAAGCCAGUAACACUGUCAUUUGAAGGGGAAACAUCCGUGCAUUGGGGUAGCGAAGAGAUCCACAGAACCGUAAGUUGUGUGCGCUAAUAUUUAGAUAAAGUCUUAAGCAAAUUAAAAUCAAUUCGGGCUAGGCUCCCCGGGAACAGAAGUCAGCAACCGAGUGGGUAAGAAACAUUCUGGGCAUGUGCCAUCUUACCACAGCUUGUCACUGUCACUGCUGUUACCCCGCUCAGUUAUCCACUCUCUUUCUCUCUCUCUCUCUCUCUCUCUCGGUGUCUCUCUCUUCGUGGGGGAUAAUUUUCGAAGUAUCUACCGUUGGUUUAUUUACGCCUCGCUGCACGGAUGACGAGAGCCUGGAACCUGGGUACGCGACUCGGUGUGAACGUUGGCACAUGGCACCCGCUGGGAGUGAAGUCUUUUGUAAAUAAAUUUUAACCAUUGUUUUGAUUAUCAAAAAGUCAACUUGUAGCAAAAUUGACUAAACGACUUUCAUGCUCCCGUGGCCCGAACGAACGAACGGCGCCCCGGACAGUGAACACAAGUGGGCCGAACACUUUAGAGCUCGUUGCAAACCCCUGGCAAGUGUACACAGAUCACGCUAUACAGAUUUUUUUUGUUGAAGGGGACGGGGGUCCCGAAAAACCACCCAGAAAUGUUUCAAUAAUGAGGUUUGAUGAAGUUAUUACACCGUAGGCAGGACCGGCGUCAGGGAAAACUUUCCGAAACGUCCAAUCGUCGCAUUCUUUCCAACUGGUGUUCCAAACUGCUGCUCCGGCUACGUGGCCAUGCUCCAUGCUUGGUCGGUAGGAAAGAAUCAAUUAAAAUAUGAAAAUAAACAAACACCGCUGACAUCAAAUGCAAGCAACUUGGGUGCUGUUUUUCCUACUGGCAUUCUCCCACCUCCUCUUGAAUCAUAGUACCAUGGCUCACAAGUACACGUCUCUUGCGCAAACAUACAUACAACAUACCGUCAGAUUGACUCGAGCAACCAGAGCAACUUUACCACGCGCGCCUAGGACGCAGCGAGGUAGGAGCGACGCGCUUUUGCUAUUGAAACCGAGUUUACCUAACGACCACAGAAGCUGCUUUCGUUCGUCUGCUUUUGUUAGUACAAAAUUAGGAAAAUUUACCAAACUUUCCACUCGGUUCCCAACCACCACCCGCCACCAUCCACCACCUUUCCAGCAACAGGACUUUCCGUUCAGUUCACUUUCCUUCAAAUUGUUUGCCAAAAAGCUGGAGAUUGAAUUUCCGCGGUUUUAAUGUGCAACUGUGUUGGUAUGUUGUUUUUGCACCAUUUGUGUAUUUUUGUUGUUUUGUUUGUUCCCUACUUUAACGAAUCGAAAUGUGAAACAAAAUGAAAACCCUUGUCUUUGGAACCCACAGUUUGAUCUACCACCGGAAGGCGUGAUGUAUUGGGUACUCUUGUCUUUUUCCUCACCCUCCCAAACUGAUGGGGGGUUUUUUUGCUGAGUUUUUUGCGAUUCGAUCAUGUCCGAUGUGUCGCAUCAUUUUGACGGAAUAAGAUUAACGAAGAUUGUUUCCGCAGCUUCAUUGUGCCUCUCAGCCUGAUCCCAAAUCGCCAUGUCUAAGCGCUUCAUUCUGUCCGCCUGUGUCGGUUUGUUUCUUCAGCCCAAGUGCCGACGAAUCCGGUUCGGGUAUUUGUCUCCCUUACUUUCAUUCUUUUAUGUGGUUUUUUACACUUUUAUCCACUUGGAAACCCAUUUCCGGAUCAUUCUUAACGAAAACUUUGCAAAAUGUUGUGGUUUUGGGGAGGGGAGUUGGAGGGUUCUUUUUUUUUAUUCAUUGAGUUUGUGUGUAUGUGUGUGAUUUAGAGUGAGAAAGAGAGUGUCUACUUUCAUUCGGUUUUUUUCACAAGCCUUCCCAUUUUUCCCCCUUUUCCCGAGAGAUAGCUUUGAUCGUCCCAAAUUCAACACGUCAAUGUGUCUGUGGUGUUAAAAGUUUUCGGUUUUCGGUCUAUAAAACUUCCGCCCCGAUAUUAUCUUGCCCGCAUGGUUCAACCGACAUCCGUUUUUGGGGUGUCCGUGGGACACUCAUGUUGCGUUCCGCCUGUCCGUCUCUUAUGCACCAGCGCUCCCUAGUUGACUGUUUCGCUGGAAGCUCGAGAAAAGCACAAGGAUGCGGAACACAUGCCAAGAAAAUGUCGGUCGAAACCCGUUUUCGGGAAGGAUGGAAAGCAUCUCCCCAGGAACGCUCCCAUAUAACCUUCCUGAGUGACAUUCAUUCACCGAACACAAUCGCUAUCCUACUGGGUUUGCGGUGCGAGAAAAAAAAACAAACCGGGAAUCCACAUUAAAGAAUGGAACCAAAUAAAAGGGACAGGAAUGAAGAGAAAAAAUACCCCCAGAUAUGCAGUCGGCACUUUUGAUGCACUCAACCGUGAAUAAGCCUGCAGCCAUGAUGAAUGGUGCUGGUGGUGGUACUUUUUCCGACGCGCCAACUUUUCGUCCUUUUGGUGUCUUUUUGGUCUAUUCAGUAGCUUGAAGCUUCACUCUGCUCUACUCUGUCUAUCCUUCCAUCCCCUAUUCCAUCCCCUAUUCCACCCCUGUGUGUACAGUAGUGUCUUCAUUUCAGUGCAGAAUAUUGAAUGAAUGUGAAGUAUUUAAACUCGCGCAAGAAAUUUGUUUGACAAAGAUAAAGAAACUAAAAGCCCCUCCGUACCCUUGUAUCACAGUCCAGAGGAAUAGAUUGUGACAAAAAAUGCAAAACGAUACAAAGCAUUAGCAAAAAAAAAACAAGCGUUGGUCUAAUUCCCGUCCAACACACAAUGACGCCUACCCCCUGUUCCGCUAACCGGCGCUUCAUCAACCCCCAUCAAAAUCAAAGCAUUGAAAUUUGUGCUUUUCUAGAGCCAAUGCUUGUAAUGUACAUUUCUAGCAAAAGAACGCAGUAGAACAUUUUACUGUAAGCGACGUGUUAGUUAAAGCUCUAGGAGCACGUGAAUUGAUUCGUCAACGUGACGCAAUCGUUUUGUAAAUAGCACAUUAUUAAUCUACUUAAACCACAAUCAAACCCAACAACACUAAGCAAAUAAACUACACAAAACUACUUUCUGGCACAGGUAGACUCGUAAGUAACGCUCACGUACAUACACUACAUUCGCUGUUUCAAACUCACACACUAAACAGUUUCACACACACACACACCCAUCCCCCCGGUACAAAAUGAGCGCAAUAGUGAUAAGAAACAUCAGUCUCUUUCGGUGGAAGCAUAUUGAAUGAUCCGUACAUUCAACACUUAUUUAUCUUCUGAUGAUACAUUUUUAACGAUACAAGCAGUAACAACAACAAAACAAAAAAAACCCGGUUAAUGCAAAUGGAGUCUGCCAAAAAGCUACACUCCGAAAGCUCAAAAAGCUCUGUGCAUAAAACACGAGAAACACUAAACUGCUCAAAAUUGAGCCAAACUUGCAAGAACGAGGAUAAUGAUGUUCAUGGAAAAGAAUAGCAAAGAAGCAAAAAAAAUGAAUGCAUAUACUAACAUCAAACGAACUCGUGGAUUGAACGAAGACUUUUUAUAUUUAAAUAUGGAUGUACCUUUGAGCAUGUAAAUCGUAAGCCACUAUAAUAAUAAGUACCACUACUAAUGAGAUGCGCGGCCGAAGUGGAGACAAAACAAAGCAAAACAAAAAAAGACGGAAGAAAAUGUGUGUGGCGCUAAAAAAAAAACUAAACGUAUGGACGUGUUUAAUCCGAAUGCAAAUUUUUAGGAUUAUGAUCAGCGAUCAUGCCGAAGGCUUAUUGGUGAUAGCCGUAAAUCGUAGAUAAGACCGUACAUAUUUAGCCUUUAGCAUAAAGACACGAAACAAAUACAACUCCACAAAGACACACACACACACACCCACACAAAACCGAAACAUGAAACAAACAAAUGAGCGAAAUUUAAAAAGAAAAUCAACCAAAAAAAAUAA